GUAAUUUAUUAACUGUUACAUACUCAAUUUGUGAUGUCUUUGUGGAUUGAAGCAGAAAACUACUAAAAGGAGAAUGGCGGGCUCGAGGGAACGGCUUCUUUACGACAGACAUUCGGACUACGAACACGAAUAUGAUAGACUACGGUACGAAGCCGAGCGAAAAACGGAACGAACCGAAACCACAGUUUACGAGAAUCGCUACGCAACGCGACGCUACGAUACCAACCGACGCGAACUAAACACCACAAACCGAUAUAGAGAAAGAUUCGAACGCUACGAUAGACCGCAACGCAAGAACGGCUACGUCUACGAAGAUAUCUACUCAGAUUUCGACGAAGCUCAAGGUCGUCUAUCUUUAUUCAGACCGAUCAGACCUGAAUAUUUAAACCUGCCAACAACAUACGAAUCCAAAUAUAGCACUCUACCUCGAAACUAUACUUAUUACGAAGACAGGGCUCGUAGAUAUAAGAAAGAUUAUUAUGACUUUCGAAUCGACGAACGAAGACGACAGCGUGAAACUUAUGAACCUUACAGAGCAGAAGCAAGAACAAAACCGCAAAUCCACGAAAGGAAACCGGAUUACACAGAUAGACCUAAACCGGUUAUUCAUUUGAACAAGAACGAUGAUCCGAUGAGACGAACUCCAAAGAACGUGGCAAUAUGCAAACCACUUCGUUUAACUGAAAAAAAUGCGCGGUACUGGACGACUGAUCUUCCAGAAGGAACUAGAACCAAAACAAAGAAAGAUGAACCAAAAAAGAACGUGAAAUUCUCUGAAGUGUCCGGUUGUAACCGGAAAAUGGUGGUUGAUGAUCCGGUUUGUGGUCGCAAGGUCGUGGCUGUUAGAGAGUUGGAGGUGUCUUUGGAUCAAAUGAUACAGAAUGGUUACUUCGAGAAGCAUAACAUACCUAUAAUAAGACCUGAACAAAAGCAGAUAACAGCACCAGAGCCGAAUGGGAAAUGCUUAACAGGAGGCGCGACCCAGACGUCGAGAAAAUCUAGGCAUCUGCCACAGGUGUUGGCAGCCCUAGCGGUAUCCCUGGCCCCUUUCUCUGCGGGGCUCGGCAAGGGCUACAGCUCGCCCGCCAUCGCAUCCCUGCAGGGCCCCGCCAACGCCACACGAAGAGACUUCCAGCUUACAGACCAACAAGCAUCAUGGCUUGCCUCACUAUCGUUUCUUGGUGCGUUGUUCGGUGGUAUGGCCGGGGGCGCCGCGAUGCGUCACGGUAGACGCCGCGUUCUGUCACUGGCGGCAGCACCCUGCAGCAUUUCCUGGUUAUUGACGGUGGUAGCGACAUCUGUUCGGAUGAUGUGCGUCACUGCCUUCCUCGGCGGCUUCUGUUGCUCUAUACUCACUAUGUUGUCUCAGGUCUACAUCAGUGAAAUAUCAGUACCGGAUAUCCGAGGCUGUUUGAGCGCCGUGCUCAAAAUAGUUGGUCAUCUCGGAGUUCUCUUCAGUUUCACCAUUGGCGCCUACCUAGACUGGCAACAGCUCGCGCUCUGCAUAUCUGCUGCACCUCUACUUCUCUUCUGCACCAUCCUCUACAUACCAGAAACACCAAGUUAUCUCGUACUAACAGGUAAAGACGAAGAAGCAUAUAAAAGUUUGCUAUGGUUACGAGGCCCAAAUUCAGAUGUAGCCCAAGAAUUAGCCACAAUAAGAACUAAUGUUCUAGCAUCUAAGAAUUUCAGUCAACGACAAAAUCAAAUGUCUAGCAGCCAAUUCAUUAACUCCCUUGAUGUUAGAACUAUGAAUAGAUUAUUAGGACCGAUUCUAGUGACUUGUGGCUUGAUGACAUUUCAAAGAUUUUCUGGUGCUCAUGCAUUUUCUUUUUACGCUGUUCCAAUAUUUAGGAAGACGUUUGGUGGUAUGAACCCUCACGGUGCUGCUAUCGCGGUGUCUUUUGUGCAACUUUUAGCUUCUUGUCUGUCUGGAUUGUUGAUUGAUACUGUUGGAAGAUUGCCUUUAUUGAUCGUUAGUUCUGUUUUAAUGUCUAUGGCGUUGGCUGGUUUCGGUAGCUAUGCUUAUUACGAAGAAGUCCAUAGGAAUCAGAGAAUUCAGAAUGUGAUGUUUCAUCAGACUGUUGGUCAAAAUGAUUGGAUUCCCUUGCUUUGUGUGUUAGUGUUUACGAUUGCGUUUUCUUUAGGCAUGAGCCCUAUAUCAUGGUUAUUGAUUGGGGAAUUAUUUCCAUUGGAGUAUAGAGCAUUUGGUAGUGCUAUGGCGACUGCUUUUAGUUACCUCUGCGCAUUUGUUGGUGUUAAAACUUUUGUUGAUUUCCAGCAAGCGUUAGGUUUACACGGUGCUUUUUGGUUGUACGCCUCUAUAAGUGUGGGAGGUCUUUGUUUUGUUGUGUGUUGUGUUCCGGAGACUAAAGGCAAAGAUCUGGAUGAGAUGGAUCCAAAUUAUGUACAAAGUUUGUCCCCUAAAAGGUAA